GUUCACAGAGCAGAGCUCCACGUGGUCAGUGUUCAGGGUAAAAGCAGAGCAGACAGCUGAGCUCAGUGAGCGACACCAUGUCUCUGUACCGCAACUCCGCCUGGUUCCUGAAGGGAAUGACCGAGUUCACCAGGAGCGCCUUCUUGUCCACCUCCAAGCAGUUUGUGGAGAAGGACCUGGAGGUGGCCAUGGCUGGACGCUCCUUCAUGAUAACAGGAGCCAACAGUGGUAUUGGGAAAGCCACCGCCAUGGCCAUCGCCAAGAGAGGCGGAACCAUCCACAUGGUCUGCAGGAACAAGGACAAGGCAGAGGAGGCCAGGGCUGACAUUGUGAAGGAGACAGGAAAUAAAGAGGUAUAUGUCCACAUCCUGGACCUGUCUGAGACCAAGAAAGUCUGGGAGUUUGCUGAGGCAUUUAAGAGGAAGUACAAGACCCUAAACGUACUGAUCAAUAAUGCAGGUGCCAUCAUGGGUGAGAGGGAUGUGAAUGCUGAGGGGCUUGAGAAGAGCUUCGCCACCAACGUCCUGGGUGUUUACAUCCUCACCAAGAGUCUCAUUCCUCUGCUGGAGAAGAGUGCAGAUCCCAGAGUGAUCAGCGUGUCCUCCGGGGGAAUGCUGGUGCAGAAGCUCAGGACAGGAAACCUCCAGUCUGACAUGGGCCGCUACGAUGGCACCAUGGUCUACGCCCAGCACAAAAGGCAGCAGGUGGUGCUGACAGAGCAGCUGGCAAAGACUCACCCAAACAUCCACUUCUCCGUCAUGCAUCCUGGCUGGGUGGACACCCCAGCGGUGGCCAAUGCCAUGCCAGACUUCCAUCGCUCCAUGAAGGAGAGUCUGCGAACCCCUGAGCAGGGGGCUGACACUGUGGUGUGGCUGGCUGUCUCUGAGGCCACAGCCAAAAACCCUAGUGGUCGCUUCUAUCAGGACCGAAAGAUGGUGCCCACCCACCUGCCGCUGGCCUGGUCCCACAGCUCCCCCCAGGAGGAGCUGAAAUUAAUGUCUCUGCUGGAGGACUUGGCCAAGACAUUCCAGCCUCACUGAGACACUGGGACACUGGUCAUUACGU